GUUAACACAAACUACUUGUUUUUGCUGCCGCGUUCACGUUGCUCAUUACAUUACACAUUUAUUGAAUGAUAGAAAGGUUUGAUAUCAUGUCGAAGGUGUCUAUGGGUAAAGUACUGCUCCGAAAUGUCAUCAGACACACAGAUGCCCAUAACAAGAUUCAAGAGGAAUCAGAGAUGUGGAAAAUGAGGGAUCAUGAGCGACAAACCUUGUCUGCUCAUUUCCCAAAGCACAGGGGUGGCAUGCACUGUGACCGUUAUUUGGAUGGCUCAGAGGGGUCCAUGCGAGAGCGGCUUGGAGACAGAAGAGAUGAGACGUCUGAGAGAGAUGAGAGGGAGGCACGAUACUGGACGCGAAAACUGUAUGAGUUUGAAGCCAAUGAUCCUGACAGGUGGGGCCACAGUGGAUUUAAGGAGCUUUAUCCAGAGGAAAUUUAUUCUGAUGGAGAAAAAGACUGCAGUGAUAGUAAACACAGAAGGAAAAAACACAAGAAGAAACUAGACGCUGACAUAGAGAAGUCUUCCAAGAAGUCUUCUAAGAAGAAGAAAAAGAAAAAAGAGAAGAAAAGGAAGACAGCUGCCUCGGGCUCUGAGACCUGCAGCGAUGAGGAGGACACCGUCAGGAGGAAACAGAGGAGGAAGGGAGGUAAAAGCAAGCGUAGGAAAAAGGAGCACAAAAACAAAGACAGAACCGAGGACAGCGACACAGAGGACAGCCAUUCAGACACAAGGACGAGAACGCACAGGAAGAGAGACUGCCCUGAAACGGACACGCUGCCCGAACCUCAAAGGAAAAAGCGGAAAAACUGGAAAGUGGCGAAUGAGGAGAGAUCAGAGGAGAGCUCUGAUGCUUGACUUUUCAAUCUACCUGACUGCUUGACUAGGCUAACUGUAGACGCAUUUUUAACUGUGCAUAUCAUUCAUAUUUGGGAGACCCUGAUCAUGUGUCUGGAGUCAUUAACUUGAUCUUUACUCCUCACCAAACAGACACUUGAUGGCUAUUUUCACCGUGUUUGCGUCCCAGAGAAUUUGUCAAAUUUUUAUGAGGUUGUAUGUUUUCUAAACAUUGAAAAAUAUCUUUGAACAUUUUUUUUACUAUUUGUCAGACUGAACAACUUUUAUUGUCAUAUAAAAACUCAGGUAUUCUUCUGCCACGUGUGAAAUUGAAAUGAUUUUUUUUUUUUAAUACUUGUACUUGUAUACUUGAACCUGCCAGCUGUGACAAUACAUUUGUGUGUUCCGUGCGAGUAAACUGAAUAUGUCAUAUGGCAGUUGUCCAGUAGGUGGCCCUGUUGCACAAUCUCAAAGCGAGGCUGCCUGAUUGUCUUUUAAUAACUUGUUUUGAACGUUUACUUGUAAACACCUGCAGUAAAUGGUAUUUCGCUACUGUUUACUUCCGACAUUUACGGAUAAUGGCUACUUCCCCUUGCUAAUGUGUCCGCUUUCA